UGGGGACGCGGCAGAGGCGAAUGAGGUGAGGGAGGAGCUCAGAGCUGUGCAGGUCGGCGAUGCCCGGGGCUGGCGUUCCCGCAGCGGCGUCGAGCCCCAAGUCUGGGGCCUCCGGGGCGUUGCAGGUGUCGGACUCCCUGAGGCGUAUAAAAGCACAAAAUAAAUCCUCAGUCUUUUUCAAGAUUAUGUAAAAGGACUUGUGAAUUACAUCUCAGCACCUAGGACAGCACCCAGCACAGCUCUGCAAUCUUUGUGUUAUUCUUGGAAAAUUUCGCACCACUUGUGAAUUCCUUGAGCCUGGGCAUUGCAAACCCACUUCUGUUGGGCCCAUCUCCUUUGUACUUGGCUCAGAUUAAGACUCAGUUGGCGCUUCAGCAGCUGAAUGCCGUUGCCUCACAUGGUUCAGCACCACCUUAUACUUUGUUAAAUCAGGCAUUCUUGAAAGUAGCCAUGUCGAGACCCAGGUUUAAUCCUCGAGGGACCUUUCCACUUCAAAGGCCACGAGCACCUAAUCCUCCUGGGAUGAGGCCUCCAGGACCAUUUGUGAGGCCUGGAUCUAUGGGUCUUCCAAGAUUUUACCCAGCAGGGAGAGCCCGUGGAAUUCCACACAGAUUUCCUGGCCAUGGAUCUUAUCAGAACAUGGGACCACAAAGAAUGAAUGUUCAGGUAACUCAACACCGAACUGAUCCAAGAUUAACCAAAGAAAAACUGGAUUUUCCUGAAGCACAACAAAAGAAGGGGAAGCCUCAUGGUAGUCGGUGGGAUGAUGAGCCUCAUAUAACUCCACCGGUAGAAGUGAAACAGAGCUCUGUAACCCAGGUUACAGAGCAAAGUCCUAAAGUGCAGAGCCGCUAUACAAAAGAGAGUGCUUCAAGUAUUUUAGCAAGUUUUGGAUUAUCAAAUGAAGACCUAGAAGAACUUAGUCGCUAUCCUGAUGAACAGCUAACUCCUGAAAAUAUGCCAUUAAUAUUGAGGGAUAUAAGAAUGCGAAAAAUGAGCCGCCGAUUACCUAAUUUACCUUCUCACAGCAGAAAUAAGGAAACACUUAGUAAUGAAACAGUUUCAAGUAAUGUAAUUGAUUAUGGGCAUGCAAGCAAAUAUGGUUAUACAGAAGAUCCACUUGAAGUUCGUAUUUAUGAUCCUGAAAUUCCAACUGAUGAAGUCAAGAAUGAAUUUCAGCCUCAGCAGAGCAUUUCUGCAACUGUUUCCACUCCAAAUGUGAUAUGUAAUUCUGUGUUUCCUGGUGAAGAUGUGUUUCGUCAGAUGGACUUCCCUGGUGAGUCCUCCAGUCAGUCUUUUUUCCCAGUUGAGAGUGGAACCAAGAUGUCAGGCUUACAUAUUUCAGGACAGUCAGUCCUUGAACCUGUAAAAUCCAUCAGCCAGUCUAUUAGCCAAACAGUUAGCCAGACAACGAGCCAGUCUCUGAAUCCUCCAUCUAUGAACCAGCCAUCCUUUUCAUCUGAAUUAAUUUCAGCUUUAAGCCAACAGGAGCAGAUCCCACAGAAGUCUGUGAUCAGUUCAGCUGAUGCACAUGGUGGACCUAGAGGAAGUAAAAAGAGUUACCAAUCAGAGUCUGACUUGCCUAUUCGGUCUCCCUUUGGGAUUGUGAAAGCUUCAUGGCUACCAAAGUUUACACAAGCUGACGCCCAGAAAAUGAAGAGACUGCCAACCCCUUCUAUGAUGAAUGAUUAUUAUGCAGCAUCUCCAAGAAUAUUUCCACAUUUGUGUUCUCUGUGUAACGUAGAAUGUAGUCAUUUGAAGGACUGGAUUCAGCAUCAAAAUACUUCCACCCAUAUUGAGAGCUGUCGGCAGUUACGUCAACAGUACCCUGAUUGGAAUCCUGAGAUCCUCCCAUCCAGAAGAAGUGAGAGCAAUAGGAAAGAAAAUGAAACUCCAAGAAGACGUUCUCAUUCCCCCAGUCCCAGACAUUCUAGGAGAUCAAGCUCAGGUCACAGAAUCCGUCGAUCUCGAAGUCCAGUUCGUUACAUCUAUAGACCAAGGAGUCGAAGUCCGAGAAUUUGCCACCGUUUCAUUUCUAAAUAUAGAUCCAGAUCCAGAUCUAGAUCCAGAUCCCGUUCUCCAUAUCGUAGUCGAAAUCUCGUUAGAAGAAGUCCGAAGUCCUAUCGGUCAGUUAGCCCAGAAAGGACAUCAAGAAGAUCAGUGAGAUCAGAUAGAAAAAAGGCAUUAGAAGAUGGAGGACAACGUUGUGUGCAUGGGACAGAAGUUACUAAACAGAAACAUACUGAAACAGUUGAUAAAGGACUCUCACCAGCACAAAAGCCUAAACUUGCCAGUGGAACAAAGCCAUCAGCGAAAUCUGUAAGCUCUGUAAAGAGUGACUCACAUUUAGGAGGGCAUUCUGCUCACAAGUCUAAGAAUCUUGAAGAUGACACUUUACCAGAAGGUAAACAAGUGUCUGGUAAAAGUGCUUUGGUCCAGUGGAAGCCACGGAAAGAUCAGUCUUUGAGUUCCAACUCGAUUCUUCUUGUAUCUGAGCUUCCAGAGGAUGGCUUUACUGAAGAAGAUAUUAGAAAAGCAUUUAAGCCAUUUGGAAAAAUUAGUGAUGUCCUCCUUGUUCCUUGUAGAAAUGAGGCUUACUUGGAAAUGGGGUUUAGAAAAGCCGUUACUUCAAUCAUGAAGUACAUUGAAACAAUGCCUCUUGUGAUAAAAGGAAAAAGUGUGAAAGUAUGUGUUCCAGGAAAGAAAAAGCCACAGAACAAAGAAAUGAAGAAGAAACCUUCAGAUUUUAAGAAAUCAUCUGCAUCUGCUUUAAAGAAAGAGACAGAUGCUUCAAAAAUCAUGGAAACUGUCUCUUCAACGUCUUCUGCCAGAUCUGGACAAACAAAGUCAUCUACAGUCAAGGUGAACAAAUCUGCAGGGAAAUCAGCGGGUUCUGUAAAAUCUGUGGUUACGGUAGCUGCGAAAGGUAAAGCUUCUAUCAAAACAGCAAAAUCUGGAAAGAAGUCUCUAGAAGCUAAAAAGUCUGGGAAUAUCAAAAACAAAGACUCCAAUAAACCCGUGACUGUAUCAGCAAAUUCUGAAGUCAAGGCUAGUACAGAAGACAAAGCCACUGGGAAGAGUGCUGAAGAGAGUCCUUCAGGUACUUUGGAGGCCACAGAAAAGGAACCAGUGAGCAAGGAAAUGGAGGAAAUGAGCGUAGUUUUUAUUUCUAAUUUGCCUAACAAAGGAUACUCUACAGAAGAAAUUUACAACUUAGCAAAACCAUUUGGUGCUUUGAAAGAUAUUUUGGUUUUAUCAUCUCAUAAAAAGGCAUAUAUAGAAAUAAACAAAAAAUCUGCAGAUUCUAUGGUAAAAUUUUACACCUGCUUUCCAAUAUCCAUGGAUGGGAAUCAGCUCUCCAUAAGUAUGGCUCCUGAGGAUGUGGACUUGAAAGAUGAGGAAGCUCUCUUUACAACUUUGAUUCAAGAAAGUGAUCCAGAGGCAAAUAUUGAUAAAAUUUACAACCGAUUUGUACAUCUUGACAAUUUACCUGAAGACGGACUUCAGUGUGUGCUUUGUGUUGGACAUCAGUUUGGAAAAGUGGAUCGUUAUAUGUUCAUGAGUAACAAAAACAAGGUGAUUCUUCAAUUAGAAAGUCCUGAAUCUGCCCUGUCAAUGUACAAUUUUCUGAAACAAAAUCCACAAAACAUAGGUGACCAUGUGCUGACCUGCACUUUAUCUCCAAAGAUUGACUCAGAGGUUCAAAUGAAGAAUGAUCCAGAACUAGGAAAAGAAAGUACUUUUAGCCCUGACUUGAAAAACAGUCCUGUUGAUGAAAGUGAGGUACAAACAGCAGCUGAUAGUUCCUCUGUUAAACCUAGUGAGGUUGAAGAAGGAACUACUUCCAAUGUUGGAACAGAAACUUCAGUGCCUCAGGAAGAACUUGGUAAGGAAGAACCCAAACAAGCAGUAUGUGAGUCUGACUUUGCAAUUCAAACACUAGAACUUGAAGCUCAAGGAGCAGAGGUCAGCAUAGAAAUUCCUCUUGUAGCAUCCGCUCCAGCCAAUAUUGAGUUAUUCAGUGAAAAUAUAGAUGAGUCUGCUUUAAACCAGCAGAUGUACACCAGUGACUUUGAAAAGGAAGAGGCAGAAGUUACAAACCCUGAAGCAGAAUUAUCAGUAUCUGACAGUGUCUUCAUAGAAGAAAGGAACAUCAGGGGAAUUCUAGAAGAUUCUCCAUCUGAAACAGAAGAUAUAUUUUCUGGAAUUGCACAGCCUGUGGUAGAAGCCAUAGCUGAAGUGAAUAAACAUGAAACUGUUUCAGAAGUACUGCCAUCUGCUUGUAUUGUGACCCAAGUACCAGGAAGUUACAUUGAAGAUGAGAAGGUUGUGAGCAAAAAGGAUAUUGCUGAAAAAGGUAGCAUGGAUGAAAAGGAGGAAAAUGAAUUCAAUGCUAAGGAGACCAGAAUGGAUUUACAAGUAAAAACAGAGAAGGCUGAGAAGAAUGAAGCUAACAUAUUUGCAGAAAAAUUGGAGAAGAUUAUAGCAGCAAUAAGAGAAAAGCCAAUUGAAAGUGCUGUAAUCAAGGCAGACCCAACUAAAGGAGUGGAUCAGACCAGUAAGCCUGAUGAAACUGGUAAAACUAGUAUGAUGACUGUAUCAAAUGUAUAUAGUAGUAAAUCAAGCAUCAAGGCUACUAUGGUCUCUUCUCCUAAAGCAAAAAGUACACCUUCAAAAACUGAAAGUCAGAACAUCUUUCAAAAACCUGUGCUUAGAGAGCAAAUAAAUGCUGAAAAGAAAGUUUCAGCCAAGGAAUUUGGUCUGCUUAGAAAUACCAGAUCAGGCUUGGCAGAAAGCAACAGUAAAUCCAAACCCACUCAGAUUGGUGUUAACAGAGGGUGCAGUGGAAGGAUCUCAGCCGUUCAAUGCAAGGAUUCUAAAGUGGAUUACAAGGACAUAAAACAGUCUCAGGAAACAGAGACUAAACUUCCCAUCAUGAAACGGGAUGACAGCAACAAUAAGGCAUUGGCUUUGCAGAACACUAAGAAUUCUAAAAAUUCUACUGAUAGAAGUUCCAAAUCGAAAGAGGAACCAUUAUUUACAUUUAAUUUGGAUGAAUUUGUUACUGUGGAUGAAGUCAUAGAAGAAGUAAAUCCUUCUCAAGCCAAGCAGAAUCCAUUAAAAGGAAAAAGAAAGGAAGCCUUCAAAAUUUCUCCUUCCCCUGACCUUAACUUAAAAAAGAAAAGGGGAAAAACUUCUGUCCCUCACAGUGUUGAGGGAGAAUUGUCCUUUGUAACAUUAGAUGAAAUAGGAGAGGAAGAAGAUUCAGCUGCGCAAGCUCUAGUCACUGUGGAUGAAGUCAUUGAUGAAGAAGAGCUCAAUAUGGAAGAAAUGGUAAAAAAUUCUAACUCUCUUCUUACCUUAGAUGAACUAAUUGACCAAGAUGAUUGCAUUCCCCACAGUGGACCUAAAGAUGUUACUGUUCUGUCCAUGGCUGAAGAACAAGAUCUACAACAGGAACGCUUGGUAACUGUGGAUGAAAUUGGAGAAGUAGAAGAGUCAGCAGACAUAACUUUUGCUACUUUGAAUGCUAAAAGAGAUAAAAGGGAUUCUAUUGGGUUCAUUUCUUCUCAGAUGCCUGAAGACCCUUCUACUUUAGUUACUGUAGAUGAAAUACAGGAUGACAGCAGUGAUUUUCACUUAAUGACUUUGGAUGAAGUAACUGAGGAGGAUGAAGACUCUCUGGCUGAUUUUAACAACCUUAAAGAAGAGCUGAAUUUUGUCACUGUGGAUGAAGUUGGAGAUGAAGAGGAUGGAGACAAUGAUUCAAAAGUUGAGUUAGCACAAGGCAAAAUUGAGCACCAUACAGAUAAAAAAGGAAAUAGAAAGAGAAGAGCUGUGGAUCCAAAGAAGACAAAGCUUGAUUCUUUCUCCCAAGUAGGUCCAGGAAGUGAGACUGUAACACAAAAAGAUCUGAAAACCAUGACUGAAAGACAUUUGGCAGCUAAAACGCCAUUGAAGAAAGUUAAAAUUGUGAAAGCAUCCCUCUCACAAAAGGUGGCAGAACCAGCAAAAGGCGAAGAGGCCUUCCAAAUGAGUGAAGGAGUUGAUGAAGCUGAACUAAAGGAUUCAGAACCUGAUGAAAAACGCAGGAAGACUGAAGACUCUUCUGUAGGCAAAUCAGUGACAUCCGAAGUCCCUGGAGAUUUGGACUUUCUUGUUCCAAAGGCUGGAUUUUUCUGUCCAAUUUGCUCCCUCUUCUACUCAGGUGAAAAAGCAAUGGCAAAUCACUGCAAGAGCACACGUCAUAAACAAAAUACAGAGAAGUUCAUGGCCAAGCAAAGAAAGGAAAAGGAGCAGAAUGAGACUGAAGAAAGAAGCUCUAGGUGAUGAAGGAAAGGAGGAAAGAAUUCAUUAGAAAUUCAUUUAGGGUCCAGUUGAUUUGUGUAUUUUUGUUAUCAUUUAAUUUGUAAUUUUUGUUUCAGAAACAUAUUCAUGUUGUACAAAUUUCUGAUUGCCCUUGAUGUAGAGAAAUUGACGGGAAAAUAUGAUGGGUUUGAUUUUUAUAUCAAAUCACCAGGCAUGGAAAAAUACCUUUUAGAAGUGUUUAAAUAAAUGUUCCUACUGUAUAUUUCAA